CGAUAUUUUACAAGUAAGAAGACAAAACGAAAACCGAAAUCCAAAAGGGCAACCGAGCCCUAGCCGCCCGUCAUAGUUCAACUUUCCCCACUCUGUGUCCGCCGCUCCCUCUCUCCUCUUCUGGGCAGGAGUUCAAUCUAGUUGACUGUUUUGAGAUGGCAAAUGAACAAGAUUCAGAUAUUGAUGACGACUUUAGAGAUUUGUACAAAGAGUACACUGGCCCUCCCAGAUCUAAUGCCAGCAAUGUACAGGACACAGUCAAAACAAACAAAAGAUCCCAUGCAGGUUCUGACGAGGAAGAGGAACCUCGUGACCCUAAUGCUGUCCCAACUGAUUUUACCAGUCGAGAAGCUAAAGUUUGGGAGGCUAAAUCUAAAGCUACUGAGAGGAACUGGAAGAAAAGAAAAGAAGAAGAAAUGAUCUGUAAAAUAUGUGGGGAAUCAGGCCAUUUUACUCAGGGUUGUCCGUCUACUCUUGGAGCAAGUCGCAAGUCUCAAGAUUUCUUUGAGAGAGUACCUGCAAGAGAUAAACAUGUCAAAGCACUUUUUACGGAGAAAGUGAUAAACAAGAUUGAAAAGGAUAUUGGCUGCAAAAUAAAAAUAGAGGAGAAAUUUAUAAUUGUUAGUGGCAAGGAUAGGUUGAUUUUGGCAAAAGGCGUGGAUGCUGUUCAUAAAAUCAAAGAGGAGGGUGAAAAGAAGGGUCCGUCUAGUUCUCACAUGUCCAGAUCCAGGUCACCUGAGCGAAGAAGCCCUGCUGGCUCUCGGUUGGCACGCUCUGAUUCCCAGAGAUAUGAUUCCACUCCUUAUAAUGCAUCUCAGUUCCAACAAAAAGUUUCCAGACAAGAGAAAAUUGUGGAAGACCGUGUUCGUGAGGAUUUACAAAAACUAUCAAGGAGUUCCCCACAAGCUUAUGGUAAUGAUGGAGCUAGAGGUCGUUCAAGCCAUUCAAAGUCUCCAGCACGUCCCCCUUACAGGGGCAACUCAUACAAUUCAUAUGAUGGUCAUAGUCAGAAUGCGGGAGUAUACAGGACUGAUGGAUGGGAUGCUGAGAGACGAGGAUCUGGCAUUCAAUCUGGCCGUAAGUUUGACCAUUCUGCCUUCCCACAAACUUUAGAGGAGUUAGAGUUGGAGUAUAAGAGGGAGGCAAUGGAUCUUGGAAGAAUACGAGACAAGGAAGAAGAUGAAGAGAAUUACAAACAUCGCGAGGUUGUGAGAGAGUUAAGGGAGAAUCACAUGAAGAAACUGGCUAUUCUAAGGGGAAUGCACGCAAAACAAUGGGAAGAGUUUCUUCAACUCAAUACCCAAAGGAGGCAACAACGGGUGCGCCAGGAAAUGUCUACUGCAGUGUUUGGUGGUUAUAAACAGCCCAGUUUUCCCGAGUUUGAUAACUCUGUGGGCAAUCCUCACUAUGCCGGAUCCAGUUUACCAAUGGACUCUAGGGAAAGAUAUCCAAAUCCCAUGGAAAAUUAUCCUUCUUCAAGGCCUCAGGAUACUUAUGGCGACUUCCAGCGUCAGAGACAUGAAGAUUUUGGGAAAGCUUAUAAUCGAUACUAAGUUAGAACAUUGGAGUUAAGUUUGGGUGCAAUUCUUGGUUUGGUACAAGCAUGCACAGGGGAGCCCCAUUCUAGGUAUGUAUGUUACUUGUGCUUUUGGCCCGUGCAGAAGGACACAUUUGCAUAAACCUUAUAGUUGGGUGAGGUUGUUCCUUUUAAGUUUGGUGGUUAUGUUUCGGAACAUCAUCAUUGUAGACAAGUGAGACAUGGUUUUCACUUCUUAACUAAGCUGUUUAGUGUUUGAAAGUGACAAGUAAAAUGAUUUGAGCUCUUUCCUGAAGUUCUGAACCAACUUUGAUCGAGUUUUUGUUUGAUAUCAAGGUAGGAAUCGAUGUGCAUCAUUUUUUGCAUCCGUUCUUGUCCCGACAAAAAAUUAAACAGGUUUAGUACGGAGGGUAAGCCAGAAGUUUAUAAUCUCUUUAUCGAUUCUGAAAAAAGGGUAGACACUCUUUUUUCUAUAGUCAUUAUGAUUGAGUCUGCAAUGUCAUUUUAUGUGCCGAGAGAGUAGUGUGGGCAAGAUUGGUACAAUUUUUCCCUUUUUUUUUAUGUAGUUGGUUGAAUGAUGGUGGUGCAUAUCUGAUUCAGAUUUGAGAAGAUGUCCAAAUGAAAUUUUUCUUGGGCAAGGUUUGUAAACAGGAUAUUAUGGC